AUGUACUGUUCUUUGUGUCAGAAACACAAUGUGGAUUUAGGAGAGAAGACACAUAAUUUUUGUUCUGGGACUGAUGAUUUCAUCCUUGAGUUAGUCAGCAACCACCACAACAGCGAAGCUCAUGCAUGGGCAACCUGUAUGGAAGCAGCCAGUAGUUCUAUUCCAGAUACAGCUACCACAGAGCAGAUGUUAAAGAGCAUGAGCAAAACCGUCUUAGGAAGGAUGGAAAACCUCUUCAGAACGUGCCAUGCCAUUGCCAAAACUGGACGACCCUUCAGAGACCUGGACUGGAUGUGCAAACUGGAUGAUAUGAAGGGAGUGGAUAUUGGUUCUGUAUUUAGAAAUGACAAGGCAGCAAGAAUUUUUAUUCAUUUUAUUGCUGAAGUGGAACGAAGGGCCUUGAAAGAGAAAUUAGAACAAUGCAAGUUUUUCUCACUCAUUAGUGAUGGUGUGACAGACAAUGUAAUCACAGAAGCUGCUCUUGUAUAUGUCCACUAUGCAUAUCAAGGAAAAGUCUGCUGCCAGAUGGUUGGAGUUCAGCCAGUAGAGAAAUUUGAUGCUUUUGCUGUGAAAAAUGCUAUUCUGAAAACAUUGCAAGCCAAUCUGCAACUCAAUUUGCCCAGCCAUGACUGGGCAAGUAAACUUGUUGGGUUUGGAAGUGAUGGUGGAGGCAUUAUGGUAGGGCAAAACAAUGGGGUGGCUAAAUUGUUGACGGAAAUCCAGCCACGUGUUCAAGGUGUGCACUGCCUUGUGCAUCGGCUUGAAAUUGCUUACAAGGCUGCACUGAAGAGUACUCAGCCAUACACUAUUCUAACAGAUCUUUUGAAGAACAUAUACUAUUUUUAUCAUAAUUCUCUGCUAAAUAAGAGCAACCUCAAGCUAGUUUAUGAUUCUCUGAAACUGAAACCAGCAAUCCCUUCUCGAAUUGGUGGCUCUCGAUGGCUUCUUCGCCUGCAGACUGCUCUUCAAAUCCUUCUUAAAGGUUACCCAGCAAUUGUCCUCCAUAUGAGUAAGAUAGAAGAAGAGCCAUGUUCUUCAAAUCACCAGAAAGCCAAAGAUUUCUUAAAGCUCCUUCUGAAAAUAGACAUCAUCAAGUUUUCUCAUUUCUUACUGGAUGUUGUUAAUGUCCUCAACAUUCUGUCUCGUGUGGCCCAGGAUCAGAACUCUUCCAUUGCAGAUGUGUUUGCAACAUUUCAGUCAAUGCGGGAAACACUUCGAAUGUAUCAAGCCAGAACAGGGCCUAGAGAGCAUCUGGUGGAAACUAUCACACACUUUCAUGGUUACCAGCUUGUAGGACAUGACAAUAUAUCAGCAGUGCGCAUAGAAUUAUUAAAUAAUCUUUUGGACCAGCUGUGUGGUUGCUUUUGCGAUGCUAGUGAAGAUAUUCUGCGAGCAAGCACUAUUGGAAGUUUUAAGCUGUGGCCAGACAAAAUCAAACAAGAAUUUGGUGAAAUGGAAGUGUCUGUCUUGACAAAGUAUUAUGAGCCAGUCCUGGAAAGUGCCAAAGUGAAAAUUGAUGAGAUCGAGACAGAAUGGAACAUGUUGAAAGCAGAACUAUAUACUAGAUACCAAAGCAUUCGGAGCUUAACCUGGGAUUCAGUCAACACCAAUUAUUCUCACAAAUACCCAAACAUCUUGACACUAGUAGAUCUUGUCCUGGCACUGCCUGCAAGUUCCAGUGAAGCCGCACGAGGGUUCGGCCAAAUGAAGCUUACAAUGAUGCAGCCACAUUCAAAACAAAUGUUUGAAAGCAUGACUGAUCUCAUGAUCAUCCGGAUGAAUUCUCCAGAUAUCAAAAGGUUUGAUCCUCAAAAGGCCAUUCAGUUGUGGAACCUAUCUUGCCAAAGGAAUAGAACUACACAGGCUGAUGAACAGAUGGCUAAUUGUGAAAGUUCUGAGUGUUCAUCCGACUCUGAAUGGGAAAGGGAAAGUUCAUUUGGCAGUGAUUAG